GCCGGCUUCGAAAUCUAAUGACAAGUUAUUGUCUAUAUGCAGAGGUUAGUAAUAUCUACAAGUCUGUGAAUAUGGCAGAACCAUCCAAGGUGAAAUCUUCCUCUGCCGAUCAAAAUAAAAAAAGCUCAUUUCUAGAUGAGGAAAAUGGUGACGAUUUCCUCAGCUCCUGGAAAUCCAUGUCAGUAAUGAAAGAUGACGGGAUGGAUUUCAGCCUUGAUACAGGGGCCAAAAGCAAGAAGAAAGUGUUUGACUUUGAUAAGCUGGAUAUGGAUUUCAAUCUAGAUGGUGACUUCAACAAGAUAUCAUCUUUCAAAAUGGACAUGUCUGAUUUCGACUUCUCAAGCCCCCCCAAAAAAGAUGCAAAAACCAAGGAAGUUGACAUGUCAGACCUUGAUUUAUCAAGCCCUCCCAAAAAAGCUGCAAAAACCAAGGAAAGAUCCGAAGAAGAACCCUCCAGAGGAAGCCGUCAAGGGAAACAAGACACAUUUAAAUUCUCCUUUGAUUUCAAUGAGUUGGAUAGUUUUGAUCUCGAUUCAACUUUGUCGAAACGAGAAAAGGGUUCUAAAAAGAACCAAGAUAGCAGCAAAGAGGUUGUCUAUGAUGGAGCUGGGUGUGGAGGCUCUAAAUUCGAUCUAGCUGAAGGGAUUAGUACACUUGAUGGUGAAUCUGAGACAGUGGCCACAUCAAAGAUUAAUACUUUGUUAGUUGAUCCGGGGAAUACUAAUUCUAUGAAUGAACUUGCCUCAAAGUCUGAGACCUCUGGAAAUUUUGAAUUGCCUUCUGGUCCAAGAUGUCAAGAAAAUAUAAUGUCUAAAAGCAUAGAAGGGUCAAAUCAACAAAGCCACUUACCUGAGGAGACAAUGCCCAUAGAACCAUAUACUGAACAGACAAUACAUGAUCUGCCUGCUGAACUUGUAGGAGGAGUUGAUUUGAAUGGGGAUGCUGGUGUAGACGGAAAGAAUGGUGGCUGUCCUCAGAUCAAAAAAGUAAAUAUCAUUUCAAGUGGAAAAGAAGCUGUUAAUGACAAAAUGAUGAUAGAAGAUGGUCCUCAUCUUGAAGACUUUCCUUUUAAAAAUUCAUCUCCAUUAGAUAUUGGUAGAUUGGGGAGCAGUUAUGGUGAUAGGAGCAUGUCAGACAGUGAUACUUUGACAGAAAAUGAUGAACCAGCUAAAGGUGAUUUAGAUAAUGGAGAGACUUUGGCUUCAGUGGUCUCCAGGAAGACACCGCACAACAUCAACAGUAUCAAGGGAACCCAAAACUCAAGUUUAAAGCUUCCUUUGUCUACACAGGCCAGUGAAUCUACAGUUGAUAAAGUUACGUUGAGAAAGGAAAGCAGGGCUGGAGAACUCUGCUCGAAGAUUUCUAAGAGAUUGGAAAACACUGGACCUCAGUUGUAUCAACCACCAUUAAUAGGAGGAAAAUCUCUUUCGUCUGGAAACAACAAAGUUGGUUCCAUGUAUAUAAGCCCUGCACUUGAGAAAGGGGUGGGUGUCAAUGCUAAUGCUGCACAAUAUGGAACCAGAUUGCUCACUACCCCGGUGUUAGUUGAUAAAGAAACAAAAGUCAGACCUGUAAUACCUGGAAGGGAGGGCUCUGAUUCUGACGGUGUACCAAACGAGACCAAACUAGUUGGGGAUCCACAGCUGUGUGACAAAGAAGUAACAGAAAGGGAACCUGUAGUAGGAAGUGAGCAGAGAAAAAAUCCUAAAGAUCUCAGGGUUCAAGUGAGUUCUUCCAGCUCAACUGAUAAGACAAGAAAACAUAGUAGUCAAAUUGUCAAACCUAAAAUCAUGCUCCCAAGCAUGGAGCCAAUAAGGAAAUCAAAGAUCAUUUCUGCUGAAGGGAAUAAACAUUGUCCUGACAAACCAAACUGGAAAAUAUCCAAGAAUAUUGGUGGCAAUAAACCUUUUUUGAAUGCUCCACCUCAAAAAGAAGUUAAAACCCAGAGGAGUUCAGAGCAAAACAAGGAGCUGCAUCACAAUGUGGAAUUGAAAACUAGGCAGAUUGUUGAUGGCAUUGAAAAAAUGCCACAAAACCUUUCCCUGAAACGAAAAGCAUUUGAGGGAUUAAAUCCAGUUUUAGCAUCCUUGAAGCCUCUAAAACGCCUCUCUCUGUUGCCAAGAGAAACCAGAAAUUUCACAGAACCUUCAAAAGGAACUGUUGAACAGGUUUGCAUUCGUGAGAACCAUUUGGAGAUCAAGACUAAGAGCCCAAGCUCUAGAGUUGGUAGAAUGGUGAAUGUGAUGGAACUUGAAUUUACUUCAGCAAUGGAGACUGAUGAAAAUGUUGAAAAGGCUGAAGCAUAUCUCAAGGUGCUUGAAGAUAUAUGCAAUAUGCUGAAAAAGAAACAUGAGGAAGCCAAAGAAAUGCUUGUAAGAGCUGUUGUGAACAACAAUAAUCUACUGAUGCUUAACCAUCCCAUCUAUGAAGCCAAGAUAUCCUUUAAAAGUUUUUUAGCUGUUACUGUGUUGUCUUUUUGUCUGCCAUUUUGGUAUAAAAAUAAAGUUGAACAUUCCUUCACAACUGAGAACAUUCAUAAAGUUCAGAAACUUGCUGCUACACUGGCAUCCAAGGAACUUCAAGCAUGUUGAAGAGGACCACCAGUGGGUCAGAUAAAGGUACAUAUUAUAUCAUGUUGCCUGCUUUGGUUGAGACAAAACCGUUCUUCUGAACAAUCCAGCCAACAUGGGCAAAAAUUCAAAUGGGAUGCUUCAUAGGGAUUAGUUAGCAAUCUCGCUCUCACAAUUUCUUCUCUUAAAUUGAACUGUUGGAAUCUGCACAAUAUCAUACCGGCUGAAUAUAAUGACAGUGGUUAGUAGCAUCCUUUGUAUUCUAGACUUUCUAGUUGUGCUCUCUGUUCAUGUUUUCCCUUGCUUAUCAGAUUUACUCUGUUGUUACGAGCUAGGACAUAAUCAGGUUUCACUAGAUUCUGUUAAAUGAAUAAUCCUAAAAUCAGGGCAUGUACUCUUUAAGAGUGCUAAUGUAUAUAUCACUUUCUCUUGUGUGGAUGAAUAUGUUGUGCGUUCUGUUUCAUAUGGAUGAUGCAAAGGAUCAUAUGAUGUUUAGAUUUGUUUCAAGGUACUUCAGGAUUAUUGUUUACACAUAAUUGAUGUAGAUAAAAAAGAUUUAUCACUAGGAGAUCACCUAUAUAUGAAGGCUAUAAUGCAUGAAGGAAUUGAAAUUAUACAUGAUAAGUGGGAGGAAUGCUUAGCAAUAUUGCCUGAAAGUUCUUUAGAGUUUAAAAAUAAACUCUCAGCCUCCUUUAAAAGCCCCUCAUUUGACCUUUCUUAAAAGAAUUAGAGACAGGUGCAUGUUGGAAAUUUAUGACUGCGCAUUUAGAU